AUGGGCGCCAUAGACACACUAUUGUCAUUGGCCAUCCCGGCUUUGGUCAUUGUCCAUCUCAUUGUCGCUCCCUACACCAAGGUAGAAGAGUCGUUCAACUUGCAAGCAACACACGAUAUCCUCGUGUACGGCACCCCAACCAGCGAUGUUUAUGCAAAGCUGUCGGCAAGGUAUGACCAUUUCGAUUUCCCGGGCGCCGUCCCGCGGACAUUUAUGGGCCCGGUCCUGCUUGCCGGCAUCACUCAACCGAUCAUCGGAGUGGUCGGCUUCGAGUAUGCGCAAUUCAUCGUGAGAGCUCUCCUGGGUCUUUUCAACGCCUGGGCCAUGGUGAUCCUAAAGUCCAGCGUGGAGAGCGAGUUUGGGAGGCCAGCUGCAAGGUGGUAUGCAGUCUUGCAAGCCACCCAGUUCCACGUUCUCUUCUACGCCUCACGAACACUGCCCAACAUGUUCGCUUUUGGCAUCACGACACUUGCAUUCUCUCAGCUGGUCGGCAACCCCAAGACGCUGCGUCUUGGACGAUGCAAGCUGGCCAUUGGCCUCUUGACUUUCGCGACUGCCGUUUUCCGGUCUGAGCUGGCCAUAUUGCUUUGCACCACGACUGCUUACCUCUUCUUGAUGCGCCGCAUGGGUGUGGAGAGCAUCCUCGAGGCAUUCCUGAUCUCCUUCGUCUUCUCUCUGAUUACCUCCAUCCCGAUUGAUUCCUACUUUUGGCAAAAGCCUCUCUGGCCGGAACUCUCGGCAUUCGUCUUCAACGUGCUGCAAGGCUCAUCAUCCGAAUGGGGCGUGUCGCCGUGGCACUACUACUUUACCAAUGCCUUGCCAAAGGUGUUUACGAAUCCGCUCGUCCUAAGCCUUGGUAUUCCGAUGUCUCUGUAUGCUCCAGCAACUAGAGCACAAGCCCAGACAUUCAUUCUGCCAACACUACUCUUCGUGGCCAUCUAUUCAGUACAACCACACAAGGAGGCACGGUUCAUCUUCUAUGUAGUUCCCCCAAUGACUGCCGCGGCGGCCCUUGGUGCAAACUACAUCUUUACUCGUCGAGGGAAAUCAGUUCUCUACUCUCUUGGCUCCAUUGCCCUGGUCGCAUCGGUCCUGGCUUCGUUUGUGAUAAGCACGGGAAUGCUGGGCCUCUCCUCUCUCAACUACCCAGGUGGCGAGGCCCUUGCGGAGCUGCGAUCGCUCGUGCAACCAGGCUCGUCAUCUGCGGACGUACAAGCCGUCACGGUGCACACCGAUGUGCUCUCUUGCAUGACAGGUGUCACGCUCUUUGGCCAGCACCCUUACCCUCCAGUGGACCCCAAGCCGACCACAGAUGCCAUCUCGUUCGUCUUUGACAAGACUGAAGAGCCUUCUACCCUUCGUAGUCUUGACUUUUGGAGCAAGUUUGACUAUCUCUUACUAGAAGACCCUGCCAAAGCCAUCGGAUCUUGGGAAAGCGUUGGUCUUAUCCAAGGAUUCGGCGGAGUAGAGAUUUUGAAGCCCGGUAUGGACGCAGAUGGUGCGCUAGAGACUGGUGAAGGUCAAAUUCUGGGAAGAGGCGCCACAGUGAAGAAGAUUCGCGGCAUGAUUCGGCCAUUGACUGGGGGAUGGUGGAUUGGCCCGAAAAUGGAGCCCCGGAUACGAAUAUUAAAACGUGUACGGGGACUGCCAAGAAAAGAGGUCAAAGAGUAA